UAAAGUGAAAAGGUAAAGGUGCGUUUAUGAUUGUCCGUAACUCUUACGGCCUGUUACAGAAAAGUAAAAAAUUUUUUACUUUUCUGUAAUUUUCUUUGUUCUUUUCUGUAAAACAAAAAGUUACGGUUACGGACAACGUGAACUACGCCAUAAGAAUUCUUGUAUUUUACUUUUCCAUAACAGACCGUAACUUUUAUUACGGUUAGUUACAGACAAUCAUGAACGCACCUUAACUUUAGCGUAAAUUAUGACAGUGAAAUGAAACUUUUAUCGUGUCAAAUGAUGUGCUUUGUGCUUACUUUGUUACCGGUCUAUGAAGUUAUACUAAUUUUACAGUAAUAUUCAUCCCGGGUGUAUUUGGUCGCAAAGAAGAUGAAUUUCGUAAAAUUCAAGUUGUUGAUGUGGAAGAAUUACCGUUUACGACGGUACCACUGGGUCGUAACUUUGAUCGAAUUCAUUAUACCAAUCUUGAUAGCUUCUCUUUUAGCGUGGAUAGUUUCAUCGUUACCUGCAAAUACCAUCUUCAAUAACCCUGAAACUAUAUUUAAACCUGAAUUGAAAAAACAUUUCGUCCAAGAUGCCAAAAGCGCUGACGUGUAUUAUGCUCCUAACGUUCCUGCAAUCGAUGAGUUCAUGAAUCGAAUGAAACAGAAUUUCCGUUCCAUGAAAGGAUUGGCGAACGAAGCUGAGUUGGAGAGCGCUCUGCAGAGUGAUUCAAGUUCACGGGGAAUACCUUAUGGAAUUUUCUUCAAAUAUAUUAGGUCCAAUGAAUCGCUACCAGAUAAAUUAACCUACGUAAUAAGAAACAGAGAUGAGUGGGAAACACGAGAAUUGUAUACUUUGAAAGAGACCGCACGACCUUAUAUUGAGGAUCCUUAUCAAUACCAAUACUUCAGUGCUAUUCAGUGGUUGAUAAACGAUCAUUUCGUUGAAUAUAAAACGAACCAGAGUGUCUUGUUUGAGGUGGAAUUCGAAAGGUUUCCGUACCCAUCGUAUACGUCAGAUGAAAGUCCAAGAUCUUGGGUAACCCUUGAAGUCGGUUUUAUCGUUCUUAUAGUCAUCCUGAUCGCAUCUAUCCCAUUAAUCAACGAUAUUAUCGAUGAAAAAGACAGCGGUGUUAAGGAAUUGAUGAAAAUAACCGGACUUAACGAAUGGCUGAUGUGGUUCAGCUGGUUUUUUCACGGGCUGAUUGUCAGUUUGAUUUCGUUGACCAUUGUGGCCAUAAUUUUGACUCACCCGUUUGGUGGGCCUGGAUCAGAAGCUAUAUAUCACGUACAAUUUUCCGUGUUCUGGUCGAUUUUGGUAUUUUACUGCUCGGCGAAUAUUUCACUCUGCUUCGUGUUUUCUGCUAUUUUUCAUAAAACCACCGUAGCUACGUCAAUAUUCCUGCUUUGUUUCGUGGGUCCGCUGUUUGUAAUCAUUGUAUUGCUGCAAUAUGCUGCCAAUAAUCCUGCAUUAAUAUUGAUGUCAUUGACUCCUGUGGGCGCAUUUUGUUUGGGAUUUUCUCGGAUACGUUACUACGAGAUACACGGUAUUGAUUUCACCUGGUCAUCUGUCACUGCAUCUGAGAAUGACCGGAAUUCUGUUUCGUUGAUGUUUUGUUUGCUGAUGUUGGUGUUUGAUACUUGUCUGUACUUCUGUUUGGCAUAUUAUAUAACGGCCAUCAAUCCUGGAAAAUUCGGAGCUCGCAAAUCACCUUUUUUUAUUUUCAAGAUAUUAUACCGUCGCAAGAGUAAUUUGACCGGAGAGCUAAAGGGUUUGUUUUCGUGUUUCUUCACAAACGACACCCAGCCGUUGCAGAAUUUAAAGGAGGAAGCUGAUAGUAAAUUUUUUGAAUCGCCUCCGCGGAAUGUAGAAGCUACCAUACAAAUCAAAGAUCUACAUAAAAAUUUUGGAAAGGUGUACGCGGUUAGAGGAGUUGAUAUGAAUAUUUAUCAAGGUGAAAUGACAGGUUUAUUGGGACAUAAUGGCGCUGGAAAAACAACCACUAUGUCUAUUAUGACCGGAUUGAGUUCUCCUAGUGCUGGAUCUAUACAUUUCAAAGGCAUGGAUAUAUUCGAAAAUAUGGAUAAAUUUAGACGAAAUUUAGGAAUGUGCCCUCAAGAAAAUCGAACGAUACCUUAUUUAACAGUUCUGGAGCAUUUGUUAUUUUUUGGACAAUUGAAAGGUAUUUCGCGAGCAGCAGCACUAGCCGAAGCAGAUGAAUAUUUGGCUAUGAUGGAAAUGCAGCCGAAGAAAAAUUCGUUAGUCGGAGCUUUAUCGGGUGGAAUGAAGAGAAAACUGUGCCUGUCGAUCGCUCUAAUGGGAAAAGCUGAAGUUUUGAUAUUAGAUGAGCCGACGUCUGGAAUGGAUGUACAAUCGAGGAGAAAAUUAUGGGAUUUGUUACUGGAUUUGCGAGGAAAACGUACUGUUAUAUUCACAACGCAUUAUAUGGAGGAAGCGGACGCUUUGGGGGAUCGUAUUGCGAUCAUGAAUCAUGGUGUUAUUGUUUGUCACGGAACCCCCCUAUUUUUGAAGAAAUCUUACGGUACCGGCUAUGAAUUAACGAUCACCAAAACCAAAGAAGGUGGAGAUUCGGCUGCUAUCGAUAGUGUGAUCAAAGCUGCAUUACCCGAAGCGAGUCGAGAACUUGAAACACCCUCAGAAACCGUGUACAAAUUACCGUUAACUGAAACUACCAAAUUCCCAGCGUUGUUUAAAAGUUUGGAAGCCGAAAAGUUGCGAUUGGGUAUUAGAAAUUUGGGAGUUGCUGCCACCACAAUGGAACACGUAUUUCUGAAAGUUGGAGGUGUUUCUAUUUAUGAUUCAGAAUCAACGAAACAUAAGACGGUUACUGACUCCACUUCUGGAACUAAUUAUCUGCACUAUAUGAGAGGUGCGUCUUUAUACAUACAGCAGAUCAAAGUCUUAUUCAAAAAAAAGUGUCUUUACACAUCGCGGAAUCUAUUCAGUAUAUUCACUCGAAUUAUUCUACCAUCGUUGGUCGUGAUGCUUGUGUUGUUUUUAGUGAACCUGAAUCGGGUAGACCUUUCGCCGGAGCCACCGUUAGAUUUAUCAAUGAGUACCUAUCCAGGCUCAACAGUGGUACUGAAAAAUAACGUCCGUGACUCCAGUUUUGCCAAACACCUUCCAGGAUACGUUGCCGAAGAAGGAGGAUUAUUCGUGGACGCUCGUAUUUCUCCAAUUGAAAAAGAUUUACUUCAGUACGGAAGUGAUAUCAUGAAGUACAAUAAGGAUUACAUAUCAGCUUUCGAAGUGAAUUCAUCGACCAUAAAAAUAUUGCACAAUCCUCCUUUGAUACAUUCCCUUCCAAUUACCAUCACCACGUAUACGAACGUAUUGCUUCGCAGUAUCACGAAUGACAGUCGCUAUCAAAUUAACACAAUUAAUCAUCCUGUGCAAAAAAAACUAGAACUAAAUCAUGACGGGUCCGAAACAGAAUUUAAGAAUUUGUGUCCAAGUCGACGCCAAUCCGAUUUUGCCUUUUAUGCCCCGUGGUUCUUCGCAUUGGCAUUUUACUCGAUUGAUUUAGCGGCUUACUUCGCCGUAUUCGUGAACACUGAGCGAAUUGACGGAUUUCAACAUAUUCAAACCAUGUCGAAUGUUUCUCCAUUGGUGUAUUGGUUCGCUACCCUGUUAUUCGAUCUGACGUUCUUUUUGUUUGUAACUUUCCUUCGUGUUGAAGUUUUCAAACUCGCAGAUGGUUCUACUUUCCUUGCUCUGGAUGCAUCGAUUGAUGUUUUUGCAUUGAUAAUAAUUAUUUACGGGAUAUCCGGAUUGCUUUUCAUCUACGUUACCGGUUAUUUAUCCAAUUCUAAAGAAGGAUCGUACGUUUUACUUUUCAUAUUCAACUUGAUAUGUUGUAUAAUAGUAUGGAUGUUUUUCGUCGAAACUAGAGAAAACGUGCAGGACCCAUUUGAACCCGUUUAUAAAAAAAUGCUGUAUUACCUUAUCAAAGGAGUUAUUUUACUCGUUCCUUCGUUUAAUUUCUCGUUAUUAUUCAUCAAAUUCAUGUUCACUUUCCAAGCUAAUGCACUCUGUUCGUAUUGUUCUGAAGAUAUGAAACCUAUGUGUGAAAAGACGUUGAUAAAGAAACCGUACUUUGUAUUUGCAUCGGAGGAGAAUAAGGACGCUAUACUUUUGGAGACGUUAUUUUUGAUAUUCGAUAUCGUUUUAUACGCCGCCAUACUUUCCUUCAUCAAUAUUGGAUGUGUUCGUUAUUGGUUCAACUCGUUGAAGAAUGCAAUGUUUGGCACGGUCUCCACCAACUCGGAUGUAGGCGACGACGACGUGAUACAGGAAUACGACAAAGUGCAAAAAUAUAAGGAGGAUAAAUCAAACCACGUUUCAUUCCCAAAACGCGAGAAGGACGCGAUCAAUGGUAAUUUGCUCGACGUGGAAAUAAGCGAAAAUGUUGCAUUACGAGUAAGAGGUCAAAGUUCUUUGCUGGUGAAUGGAUUACGAAAGAAUUACAUCAACUGGCUCAAACUCAAAUCCUUUACUGCUGUUUCCGAUGUGAAUUUUGUCGUCGAACCUGGAGAAUGUUUUGGUCUUUUGGGAGUCAACGGGGCUGGUAAAUCUACAACGUUUAAGAUGUUGACAGCUGAAAUCGUUCCUACCUUGGGUGAUGCGUCCAUUGAAAAUAUUAAAUUGAGUACUAACAAGAUGCAGUAUUUAUCGAUGGCCGGAUAUUGCCCUCAAACCAACUGCUUCAUCGAAGAACUGACCGGAAGAGAAAUGUUAUCCAUGAUUGCAACCAUGAGAGGUGUUUUCCAAAAUGAGAAUAAACUUCUAGUCGAUAAAUGGAUCAAAAUUAUAGGGUUAGAAGAAUUCCAGAACCGAAGAUGUGGCACUUACAGCGGAGGCAAUAAACGAAAAUUGUGUACAGCGAUGUCAUUAAUUGGAGAUCCCAGAGUAGUAUUCUUGGACGAACCUACCAGCGGAGUAGAUCCAGUUUCUAGACGUAAUUUGUACGACGUAAUGGGACAAAGUAAAGAAGCCGGACAAGCUGUUAUUUUAACUUCUCAUAGUAUGGAGGAAUGCGAAACUCUAUGUGAUCGUUUAACGAUAAUGGUCUCUGGUGUUAUGAAAUGUAUCGGAACUGCUCAACAUUUGAAGAAACAAUACGCUCAAGGAUUCUCGAUUAUGAUAAAAAUCAACGAUAUUCCCGAACUCGACGAAGAAAAAGCUGCAUUAAAAAACACCAUGUUGGAGUUAUUCACAGAGAAAUACUGUAUUCUGAAAGACGAGCAUAGGGGGUUGCUUUAUUAUCAAAUAAAAGAUACAUCUAUCCCGUGGUGGGCUCUGUUUGAAAAAAUGGAAGCUCUAAAGCAACGCCAUCGUGACCUAGUUGAAGAUUACGUACUUACCGAUACCACUUUGGAGGAAGUUUUUAUCUCGUUCGCCAAGGAGAGCGCGGAUCCGUCUGAAAAAAAUAGGUUUUCAGCUGUGAAUUGAAAAAGAUUUUUUUCUGUGUGGAAGUCAUUAUUUUACAUCAAAAUCGAGCUUAACAUUUAAUUUAAUCGAGCUUCCUUUUUUUAUUUUUAAGUUAUCAGUGCGAAGUGUCAAGUGUUUUUUUUGCAUUGACGACGAUGUUAAGUAAGUAUUUUGAACAUUAUUGUUUACCUACACUAGUCAAGGGAAAAUCUCUUUCACGGUGCUCGGUGUGAAUGAUUAGUGCACAUGACCAAGUUUAUAUUCAAUAUUUCUUACUUUUUUGUGUUUUCUAUUACCUAUUGGAAUGUUUUUUAUGGUUAUGCUUAUUAUUUUAUAUUUACAUAAUAUGGAGCACGAAUUGUGAUAUGUACUCCAGAAAUGAGUACCUACGUAAUUCGUGCCAGUAUACUUAAUCUACGUCAGUGAGAUUUCUAUUCAUUCAUAAUGCUUAGUUUAUUUUCAUAAAAUAUUUUUUACUUAUUCAGUCUUCUCAUUAAGUUUACUAGUUAUAUGUUCUGUAAAUUAAGGUUUUUACUUCAGAAGGAUGAUGAUUUCGUUGCAUUUAAGGUAUCAAUUUAAUUUUCUACUCGAAUUUGUUAUUGAAGUUUUUUUGUUUUUUAUUUUUCAUUUCUAUAUACGUUCGAACAUCUUA